UAUAAUAUUAACAUUGUAGAAUAAUUGUUUCAGAUGAUUUAUUAUGAAAUGGAAAUGUUUGUCAAACAAGGGAAUGAAGAAACUAAUAUUACAUUGCAGCAUUAUGUUGAUAAUUACAAGCAUAUUUAUGGCAGCUAUAUUUUAUUUUGUUAUCUAGGCGCUAUUGGUAUUAUUUGUGGGCCCUUAUUUCUUGCAGACGAGUUUCCAGCUCCUGCAAAAUAUCCAUUCUCUAUAGAACAUUUUCUGAUGAAAAGUAUUAUUUAUUUACAGCAAUCAUUAGUUGCUUUUCAAACUGUUGCUGCAAUAUCUGUCGAUUACAAUAUUGCGAUUCUUUUAUUAUAUUGUGCAGCAAGAAUUGAGUUGUUAACCCAAAAAAUUCGCAAUGUCAAAAAUGAGAGGGAAUUAAAUAUGUGCAUCAAACUUCAUAAUGAAAUAUUAAGAUAUGUGAAUGAAGUAAUUAGUGUGAUAAGACCUAUAAUGUUCAUUACGAUAAUGACAACAGCUAUGGCAGUUAUUUUUGGAAGUUUGAAUCUCGUUACUGAACAACCUAUAAUAGUCAAAAUCCAAUAUGCCAGCAUAGUAUUGAUUGCUGGUACAGUACUUUUUGCAUGCUCUUUGCCAGCUGAUAAAUUAAUGCAUACGAGUAGUAAAAUUUGUUUGGGAGCAUAUGAAUCACAAUGGUUUGAAGGAAGUGUGAGCAUGCAGAAAAAAAUCAUUCAAAUUAUAUUCAGAGCACAGAAAUCAGAAGUUAUUAGCAUUACUGGUAUUCUUCCAGCUUUGACUUUGCGUUACUAUGCAGGGUUUCUAUAUUCAUCGCUCUCUUAUUUUACUGCAGUACGUAUCAUGAUCAGUAGGGAUUAAAGUAACAAAAAAAGUAUAAUACAGUAUAAUACAGUAAACUUAUCAAACGUCUUUAUUAUGUAAGUAUUGAAUAAAAGUAUAUUAUCGCUGAUAUAUGAAUGUAAUUUUUUAAAUUAUGUAAUAAAAUAAAUAAUUAUAUUCUUUACAAAGUUUAAAAAGUUU